ACUAUACAUUAAUGGCGACCGGACGACUUGCUGAACUCUACAUACGUGUUUGAAAUCAUCGAAAAUAAUUUUUAUAGUUGAUUUCCAGUGUGAAGAUCAUCAAAUAUUUGUAUAAUUCAUUUGAUAAAAUACACUACAGACAUUGUGCUGUGUUUUGUUGCCGCAAAGUGUGUUGUUUAAGUGCCUAAAACUGCCGUCGUUGCUCUUCGAAAGAACAUGGCGAGACUAACUAAAGUCUAUAAUACGGAUGAUGAUGAUUCUAGUUAUGUAGGCAGAAGGCAUUUGCCUCUGGUGGCAGGUGAUAAGUUAAUGAUGCUAAUGGACCUGAACAGCAAAGGACUUGUCAUUGACAGCCCACAGAUACGGGGUCGCGAACUGGAGGAAUUCUCACGCAAAUUCAAUCUGCUCACAGAGAUGGAACGCCAGCAAUCGCUGGAGAUUGACAGCGGUGGCUUCAUAUCGGUGCUGAAUCAGUGUGUCCAGUGCGUUGGCUGUCGUCGCAGAGUGGAACGUUUGUUUUAUCAGCUGGCGGAGUCGGGACAUCGUACGCUUGAUCCGCUCGAGCUGCGCUACGACGAGAAGAAGAAAGACUGCAUGCUGGGCAUUACGGAGGAGAAGCUGAAAACGCCGCAGGCACUGGGCACACUUCUAUAUCGACAUCAUGAGGUGCUCAAUAAUCUGCUCGAUAAUAAGCUGCGGAAUAAGACGCGCUGUGUGCUCCACUCGCUGGACACGUUCCGGGCGAAACCGUUCUCGGAAACGUGGCGCGAAGUGUGGUCGGCCAUGAAGAGCAACUGCCGCACCGAGGUGACCAUCAUUGAGACCAAGGAACUGCACGAGGUGCUCGACAAGUAUCUAAAGAAGCACAAGUUCUGCGCCGGCUGCCGCACAAAGAUCGAGCGUGCCUAUAAAAUACUCAUUGGCGAGGUAUUCACCAAGGAGAAGGGCUACGCGGCUCAGUUGUAUGCGCACAUCCGCAAGUGUGUGCCCGAUGAGCACAUACAUGUGAGCACGAAUAAAAUCGAGUUCCUUGAUGCGCUGAUCAAACGUGCCGAGCCGGAGGUGAAUGGCAGCUAUUCAAAACUGCGCGAACGCCACGCCAAAACACUGGAGAUUGCCCAGGAGGAGGUGUUGACGUGCGUCGGCAUGAUCAUGUACGAGCGAUUGCGUCGCAUUUAUGUUAGUCUGCGCGAGGAGGAGCGCGCCUGCCAGGUGCUGGCCGCUGUUGGUGUGCAUACGCUCUGUCGCAGCUUCCACGAGCGGGUCGAGCAGAAGCAGGGCAUUAGCAACUUGGAGCUACUCUAUCAGGAGAUCAGUCGUGCCGAAAAGGCCAAGGAGCUCAAGCGUGAGCAGAAGAAGCUCAAAAAGAAGAAGAAGAAGGAUGAGAAAAAGAACUUGCAUCGUCUGUGCGAAAACGAUAAUAAUAAUAAUGGUAAUAACAAUAAACAUGCGAACGAAGAAGCUGCCGAAUCGGAAGAUGACGAGGACGAUGUCGAGGAGGACGAUGUCGUUAAUGCUGAGGCUGCUGACUCGCAGCCGCAGCCAGUUGUUGUUCUUGUCGACGAUGAUGAUGAUGAUGAUGCAGUCGAUGAUGAUGGCAUUGUUAUACACUGUGCAGAGGCUGAGGCCGAGGCAGACAUCGUUGAGCCAAAGCCGUCGACGCCGACAAGUAACAAGCCAACAACGAAAUCGAAAUCGAAGAAGCAACCGAAAAAGAAGAAGCAAAAAUCGACGACAAGCAAGAAGUCGAAGAAGUCACCACCGGCGUGCUGUACUGACAACGGGCAGCUGGAUGUGGCCAAGGCUGGCAAAUGCAACGAUUGCCUGGCGCCCAUGCCCAACUGUCCGUGCGAGCAGGAUGUACGCGAUUCUGGCUACGGCAGCGAUCCACCCACAUCGCAUACAAGCGCAAUCUCGUCGCCGGACGGCUCCGAGGUGUCCUGCUCGGACGGUCUGUGCAAUCACCAUGACGGCCUGUUGCCUGACGACGAGGAGCGGAGCGUGGACGACGUUGCUGCCCGCAACAACUAUGUGUCCGGUCUGCUCUACGGCCGCCAGCAGACGCAAUUCGAUCCGAAUUUCUCAUUGCUGCAGAUGUGGGACUAUUUCGACGACUAUGAUCAGGACGAUGAGAACUGUUGUUACAUUCCCCAAGAGGUUGUGCUGGCCUAUCAAUACCAGCGGGAGCAGGUGCAGCUUAAGCGCGCUCAGCUGCGUGCCACAUUGCGCGAGAACUUUGAGCGCUUGUGCCUGCAGCGUGGUGUGCACACGGGCACAUCAUCAUCAUCAACAACAAAAGCCGCCGCAGCCGCCGCCGCCACCUCAACUGGCCAUUAAUGCAUUAAAACCGUUGUAGUUAUUCAGUCGCGCGUUGCGAUUUCGAAAUAAAAUCCACGCGCAUGCAUUCAAAAUACAUA